AUAUUUUAUGUGUAUUAACAGAGCAUGGCAAUAAUUUAAUGGCCCCGUCGUGAGUUGGCGAUUCCGUUUCCGUUGCUGCUCGUAAAUUCAAACCAUUUUGUCAAACGAAGAAAAUGAAAAAACGGUCAUAAAAAAAGCAUGGAAUCCCGUGAAGCCGCCAGCGAGGUGCACACACUAACACACUUUGUGUCGCCGCGAGACUAACACAAACAAGAAAGCAAAGAAAUCCAAAACCAGAAGCUAACAAAAAACACACUCUCACGUGCUUUCAGUUCCUCUGUUCCAAGCUAUACCCUAAAACCUUUCACACUAUUUCCUCAUUCUUUUUCUCUUUCGGUUGUAAUUUCAAUUAGUUGACACUCGGCGCACCGGAACGCACCCCUCCCAUGGCCGACGCUGGCGGUGACGACAAUGGCGUUUUCCAUCUUCACGGGGACCUCGACUUGAAAAUUAUCGAGGCUCGCCGGUUACCAAACAUGGAUAUCUUUUCCGAGCGUCUUCGCCGCUGCGUAACCGCCUGCGAUACCAUCAAAUUUCACUCCUCCGACGCCGCCGCUGAUGGAAGCGUCGGCCGAACGCACGAGCACCGGAAGAUUAUCACCAGCGACCCGUACGUCACCGUUUCCGUGCCGCAAGCCACGGUGGCUCGCACGCGCGUGUUAAAAAACUCGCAGAAGCCGGUGUGGAACGAGAGCUUCCACAUCCCGCUGGCGCAUCCCGUCGUCGAUUUGGAAUUUCGCAUCAAGGACGACGACGUUUUUGGCGCGCAGACCAUGGGGACUGUUAAGAUUCCAGCGAAGAGGAUUGCCACCGGCGAGUUGAUCUCUGGCUGGUUUCCGAUAAUAGGGUCCUCCGGGAAGCCGCCGAAGCCGGACACCGCGCUUCACAUCGAGAUGAAGUUCACGCCGGUGGAGGAGAAUCCGCUGUACCGGGCAGGCAUUGCAGCGGACCCUGAGCACAGGGGCGUGAGGAACACGUAUUUUCCGGUGAGGAAGGGAAGUUCAGUGAGAUUGUAUCAAGAUGCACAGUGUCCUGAUAUGACGGUACCGGAGAUUAAGCUUGAUGGUGGCAAAAUUUAUAGGCACGGGAAGUGUUGGGAAGAUAUCUGUUAUGCUAUAUCUGAGGCUCAUCACAUGGUGUAUUUGGUGGGUUGGUCAAUUUACCACAAGGUGAAGCUUGUGAGAGAGCCAACUAGGCCAUUGCCACGAGGUGGAGAUUUGACACUUGGUGAGUUGCUUAAGUACAAGUCUGAAGAAGGGGUGAGAGUUCUUUUGUUGGUUUGGGAUGAUAAGACUUCACAUGAUAAGGUCUUCUUCAAGACGUCUGGUGUGAUGCAGACUCAUGAUGAGGAAACGAGGAAGUUUUUUAAGCACUCUUCUGUGAUGUGUGUUUUGGCACCUCGGUAUGCUAGCAGCAAGAUGAGCUUCUUGAAGCAACAGGUUGUUGGGACCGUCUUCACACACCACCAAAAAUGUGUGAUUGUGGACACACAGGCUGCUGGUAAUAACCGAAAAAUAACUGCUUUUAUAGGAGGUCUUGAUCUAUGUGAUGGUCGCUAUGACACACCUGAGCAUCGACUUUUUCGUGAUCUUGACACUGUAUUUGCUGGUGAUUUCCACAAUCCUACAUUUCCUACUGGAACAAGGGCUCCUAGACAACCUUGGCAUGACUUGCACUGCAGAAUAGAUGGACCUGCUGCAUAUGACGUUCUGAUUAAUUUUGAGCAGCGAUGGAGAAAAUCAACUAAGUGGAAAGAGUUUGCAAUCCUUUUCAAAAAAUCCUCUCAUUGGCAUGAUGAUGCUUUGUUAAGAAUAGAACGCAUCUCAUGGAUAUUAAGUCCUUUCCAUCCUACCUCAAAGGAAAAUUAUACAGUUGUUCCAGGGGAUGACCCCUUAGUAUAUGUUUCUAGUGAAGAAGAUCCUGAAAACUGGCAUGUUCAGAUCUUUCGCUCCAUUGACUCAGGAUCCCUGAAAGGAUUUCCCAAACAUGUUGAUGUUGCUAUAUCCCAGAAUCUUAUCUGUUCUAAAAAUUUGGUUAUAGACAAAAGCAUUCAAACAGGUUACAUUCAAGCAAUCAGAUCUGCUCAACACUUUAUUUAUAUCGAAAACCAAUACUUUAUUGGAUCAUCAUAUGCGUGGCCAUCUUAUAAAGAUGCAGGGGCUGAUAAUCUAAUCCCAAUGGAAUUGGCACUCAAAAUUGCUGAUAAAAUCAGAGCCAGGGAGAGAUUUGCUGUUUAUAUUGUUUUACCAAUGUGGCCAGAAGGAGAUCCUAAAACUGGAGCCAUGCAAGAAAUCCUCUUUUGGCAGGGCCAGACAAUGCAAAUGAUGUAUGAUGUUGUUGCUAGAGAAUUGAAAUCAAUGCAACUUACUGACGUGCACCCCCAAGGUUACCUCAAUUUCUAUUGCCUUGGUAAUCGGGAAAAUGUUAAUGAAGAAAGCUCAGGCUCAAAUGGUGCACAGGUCUCAGGAGCAUAUAAAUAUCGCCGAUUUAUGAUUUAUGUGCAUGCUAAGGGGAUGAUAGUUGACGAUGAGUAUGUUAUAGUGGGAUCUGCUAAUAUAAACCAAAGAUCUAUGGCUGGUACGAAAGAUACCGAGAUAGCUAUGGGUUCAUAUCAACCCCAUUAUACAUGGUCCGCGAGGAAAAGACAUCCACGUGGCCAGAUAUAUGGUUACAGAAUGUCGCUUUGGGGAGAGCAUCUUGGCAUGUUAGAUGAAACUUUUGAGGAACCAGAGAGAUUGGAGUGUGUGCGUAAAGUGAAUGAAAUUGCAGAGAAUAACUGGAAAUCAUUCGCUUCUGAAGAUUUCUCACUUCUGCAGGGACAUCUUCUUAAAUAUCCUGUACAGGUAGAUUCUGAUGGGAAGGUUAGCUCCCUAAGUGAAUGUGAGAGUUUCCCAGAUGCCGGGGGUAAGAUUUUGGGGAGUCACUCCACAACAAUUCCUGAUAUCCUAACAACUUAAAUUCCUGAAUUCAUGUUGUUAAAAAAAUUGUAAAGUUUGUGGUGUGUUGCUUGCCUCUUCCUGAGGGAGACAGAAGAAAAGUUAAGGUGAAGAGUUAUUUAGCUUUAUGGACUUAAACUUUUUUUUUUUUACGGAUUUCUGUACGUAAAAUUGAUUGUUUAAAUCACGUGUAAAUCUUUUACAAUGUAAUGAUUCAUAUUUUGAAAGGAUCACGAGUUCAUAGUUUGUUUGUGCC